GCAGGAGGUCUUCAAGAUUUGGGAUUUAUUGGCCCUCCAUUUACUUGGUCCAAUAGACAAUCUAACGGCGAUCAUAUUCAGUCGAGAUUGGAUCGCUGCCUUGCUAAUCACCUUGUUCUCUCUUUGUGGCCUGAUGUGCAGGUACAUCAUCUCACAGACAGGGGUUCUGACCAUAGGAUGCUUUCGAUUCGGUUUGUGAAGCCGGUGGUUCGGCGAGUUCGUCAUUUUCAUUAUGACAACCGAUGGGAUUUCAACCAUGAUGUCCCUCAUAUUAUUCAUAAUGCUUGGGUUAAACCUAUUGCAGGCACCCCUCUCUUUAGGGUUCAAUCUAAGCUCAAACAGGUGCGCCACGAACUGCUUGAUUGGGCUAAGGCAGGUACCUCGAACUCUGCCCGACUUAUCCGAGAAACCCGUAAAGCUCUUGAUUCAGCUAGGGAUGCGGGUGGUGUUAAUUGGACACUGAUUGGACGUUUGGAAGCACAGCUUACAGAGGCGUACCGUCAGGAGGAACUAUAUUGGCAGCAAAAGUCCCGGGUUAGUUGGUUGCAUGGAGGUGAUGCUAAUACCCGUUUUUUCCAUUUAGCUACCAUGCAACGCCGACGUUCGAAUAUCAUCGCACGUCUCCGGGAUGAGCACGGAGUGGUACACUCUGACGAGCAACAGAAAGGGGAAGUCUCUCUCUCUUACUUCCAGAAUAUUUUCACCUCUAAUGGUCGUGAUUCUUUGGAGUUUGUUCGUAACCUGAAUAUUCCGACACUGAUAUCUUCGGACAAGAAUGUUUUGCUCACUGCACAGAUUACUAGAGCAGAAAUCAAGCAGGUCUUCUUCGGCAUUGGGAAAUAUCAAGCCCCUGGAUCAGAUGGCUUCACCGGUAGCUUCUUUCAACGAUUUUGGGACGAGAUUGGAGCGGAUGUGUCAGAGGCGAUCCUUUCUUUCUUUUCUACAGGGCGCCUCUUACAUAGUAUCAACCAUACGUGGCUGGUACUUAUACCCAAAGUGGUGAAUGCCGACUCUAUGCAACAGUUGCGUCCGAUUGGUCUCUGCCAGGUUAUGUAUAAAGCUAUCUCCAAGAUCCUCUCGAAUAGACUGAGUGCCAUCCUUCCUCAUAUUAUUAGCCCUUUUCAGAAUGGUUUUAUCAAGGGUCGUUGCAUUUCUGAUAAUAUUCUUAUUGGUCAAGAAGUGAUGCAGUUUCUUAAAACCAAGGUGCGUGGGCAGGACAAGUGGAUGGCCCUUAAACUUGAUAUGGAGAAAGCGUAUGAUCGUGUGGAAUGGGAGUUCCUGUUCCAUAUUAUGGAGUCAAUGGGGUUCUGUACCCAGUGGAUGAAAUGGAUUAAGGCUUGUGUAACGACGGUCCGAUUCUCGGUGCUCCUCAAUGGCAAUGAGUAUGGCUACUUCCAGCCCCAACGGGGCAUCCGUCAAGGUGAUCCUUUGUCUCCUCUUCUUUUUGCCAUAUAUACGGAGGCCUUUGCGGCUAUGAUUAGCCAAGCUGUUUCUAUCUCUACGCUUCAUGAUUUAAAAGUGCACAUGUCUGCUCCGCCCCUUUCUCAUCUUUUUUAUGCGGAUGACUCCUAUCUGUUCCUACGUGCUUCUGUUCCUGAAUGUGCUAACCUUCUUCAUCUUUUAGCGGAAUAUGAAAGGUAUAGUGGUCAGUGGAUUAAUCUUCAUAAAUCUGCUAUGUGUGGGAGUGCGAAUGUUUCAGAACAGGAGUUACUUUCACUCAGUUCGUUCCUUGGAGUUGCGACUAUGUCUCCUGAUGACAAGUACUUGGGCCUCCCGUCCCAGCUCCGUCGGUCUAAAUCAUUGACCUUUCAAUUUAUUGAAGAGGAUCUGGCUGCACGGAUCCGGAGUUGGAAGACCAAGGCGUUGUCUCUAGCGGCAAAGGAAGUGGUUAUCAAGUCGAUUGGGGCUGCGGGGCCUAUCUAUGCUAUGUCGGCUUUUAGACUUCCCCAAGAAACAUGUUGACGCUGUAACAGUCUUCUUUCGAAGUUUUGGUGGGCAAACCAACAUAAGGAGAAUGGCAUCCAUUGGGUCUCUUGGUCUGCGAUCUGUCAGAGUAAGUUUGUAGGAGGGCUCGGUUUUCGAGAUUUUAAUCUUUUUAAUGUUGCUUUGUUAGCUAAACAGGCUUGGCGCAUUCUUGGCAACCCCACUAGCACUCUUGCCCGAAUUUAUCAAGCUAGGUAUCAUCCUCACCGGAGCUUCUUGGAGGCGACAGCAGACUCUCGUCCUUCGUGGGCGUGGCAAGGCAUCCUGACAGGAAGAGAUCUUCUACUUCAGGGUUUAAGGUGGCAAGUGGGAAGCGAGAAUCGGAUUCAUACUCUAACGGAUAAUUGGCUUCCCUCUUCUCCUCCUUCACCUCCUGUGUUAAAGCCAGGUUUGAGUGUUUGUCCUCCUUUAGUCUCAGAUCUCAUUUGCCCUACUUCUCACUCGUGGAAGAAGGAUCUCUUACUUUCUCUGUUCACUCUAGAGAGUGUUGAUCUCAUUUUGUCUAUUCCUCUCCCUACUUCGGUGUCGACUGAUCGUUUGAUAUGGCAUUAUUCUUCCUCUGGUCUUUACACUGUUAAGACAGGUUAUCAUCUUUUGGCAUCUGAGUAUGAUCUUCAUCAUCCUCCCGCGGUCCUCCCGUUUGACUCUCAUUUUUGGAAAUUUCUUUGGAGUAUUCCUGUUCCUCCAAAGCUAAAGUUCUUUUUUUGGCGAGCUGUCCGUGGCUUCUUGCCCCUGCAGAUAGUUUUGUUUACUAAAACUCUUGUGUCUGACACGAUUUGUCCUAUAUGUUCUGGGGAACCAGAAUCCUUUUCCCAUUUUUUCUUCUCUUGCAGGGUCGCUCAGUGGAGGCUGGCGGACCUUGAAGGUUUAUGCAUUACUCUUGGAGGAAUGAGUCCUGAUGAGGCCUGGCGUCAUCUUUUCUUUUCAAUGAACCUUUCGAAAAUUGAGAUAGCUAAUAUUGUUUUCAUUCUUUGGAGGCUUUGGAAGGGGAGGUGUUGGUCGGUCCACGAAGGCAUCCAAUAUCUCCCUUCGGCUCUGUUUCGGCAGUUUCAAUGACAGGUGGAUGAGUGGAGGACGUUAGGGCCCAAUUCCUCGAUUCAGACUUUCGGUGGCACUGUUUCUGCAGCUCCAGGCCCUUCUCGUACUCCCAGUAUCGCACCUACGAUCUUCAUCAUCCUCCCGCGGUCCUCCCGUUUGACUCUCGUUUUUUGAAAUUUCUUUGGAGUAUUCAUGUUCCUCCAAAGCUAAAGUUCUUUUUUUGGCGAGCUGUCCGUGGCUUCUUGCCCCUGCAGAUAGUUUUGUUUACUAAAACUCUUGUGUCUGACACGAUUUGUCCUAUAUGUUCCGGGGAACCAGAAUCCUUUUCCCAUUUUUUCUUCUCUUGCAGGGUCGCUCAGGGACUUUGGAGGCUGGCGGACCUUGAAGGUUUACGCAUUACUCUUGGAGGAAUGAGUCCUGAUGAGGCCUGGCGUCAUCUUUUCUUUUCAAUGAACCUUUCGAAAAUUGAGAUAGCUAAUAUUGUUUUCAUUCUCUGGCGGCUUUGGAAGGGGAGGUGUUGGUCGGUCCACGAAGGCAUCCAAUAUCUCCCUUCGGCUCUGUUUCGGCAGUUUCAAUGACAGGUGGAUGAGUGGAGGACGUUAGGGCCCAAUUCCUCGAUUCAGACUUUCGGUGGCACUGUUUCUGCAGCUCCAGGCCCUUCUUGUACUCCCAGUAUCGCACCUACGACUCCAGGUUCCUCAACUUUUAUCAAUGUCUGGUUUGAUGGUGCUACCAAGAGUGGGCAUGGAGGCAGUAUUGGCUUUGUCAGCUAUCAUACGACAGGUAAUGUUCUGUUUGCUUUUGGGAAAUUUUAUGAUGGUAUUCAAGAUCCUUUUCUCAUGGAAUGUUUAGCUCUACGGGAUGCUGUACAAUGGUGUCUAACUCAUUCCUUUCUUACUGUUUGUUUUCAUGGGGAUUCUCAACUCUUGAUCCGCCGGAUGAUUGGAGGUGAUAUGCAUCAUGUUCGGGGUGGCGCUAUUUUGGAAGACGUUAGGAGCUUGGCAUCUUCCUUCCUCAGUGUCUCUUUCUGUUUUGUUUCUCGUCAACUUAAUAGGGCUGCCCAUCAUGUGGCACAAAAGGCCCUCUCAUCGGGAGCUCGACUAUUGGUCGACUCCUGCGCUUUACUUUCUUUCGGUUUGUGACUUUGGAUUUAUACUCUGACUUUGCCAAAAAAAAAUGGGUGCACAUACACACACAUGAUACGACAAAAUAUCUCCAACUUAAAACAAAUCAUUAAAGGACCCCAACCCUAGAAAAGUCACACCAUAAGCCCAAGAACUAUAGAACAUUCACAACAUGAAAACUUACCUGAUAAACAUUUGAGCACCUUGUUUACAUGGAAAGAAAAAAUUAAAGCCAAAGAAUCAAAUGGGGCUGGAAGAAAAUGUAGCAGUUUGCAAGAAGAAGAAAAAAUGCAGCUAAACUAGCAGACUGUCAACUUAUUAGCAUAUCUUGUGUAUAAGGUGUAAGCCCAAUUCCCGUAUAGAUCGCUAGGGAAUAAUUGUGGCCCAAGUGUAAUUAUCAUUUAAUGGUUUAAUAUAUAAGGUAAGUCAUAUAUUGUUUAGGUUAAUGAAAGGUAAUUUCCUAAUAUACCCUGAUGGUGGGUCUAUAUAAAGAAACCCUAGGAUUGGUCCUCUCUCAACCCAUUACGUAGAAUUUCUUAGCCGUCAUAGAAAUCUCUAAACCUAAAACCUAAAGGGGUCAAGAGGGAGAAACUCAAUUCCGGUGAUUACUACUCAUGCCGCCGCCGCCGCUCUCGUCAUGGAUCGAGGUAGGUUUCCUUGAUCUAUUACCGAUUCGUGAAAUCAUCUAAUUCUAAGAUCCAUGCUAUUAUGAUUUAUGUUUACAUAAGGUGGACAUUGAACUUCUUCAAAAUGUUCAAUGAAAAUUGAUCAUAAUAUUAUUUUUAAAUAUACCUUUCAAAAGUUCAAACAAAUGUUAGAUUAAGUUUAGCUCUCACAGUUUCGUCAAUUGCUACACGCUCAAUAAUUUCUAAUGUAAGACUACUAUAUCUGAUUCCGAUAUAACAUAUAACUUAGUUUUAGUUAUUAAAUUUCAUUAUCGUUUCAACGGGAAAAAAAAUCAUCCUAAUAAACCGAACUAUCAUUUAGGUUGAUAUUUCAUUCUAAUAAAUUAUCUUCAAUAAACAACAAGUUUAAUGUCACAAUUGUCAUUUAAAAAGUGAUAUAGUACGUGAAAUUUUGUGCGUGGAAUGAUAAUUUAUUAGCUUAAAUAAUAUGAUUAAGUUACCUAAUGCACACAAUAUAACUAUAAGCUUUUCCCUUUUAUAUUGCUUCACUAAUUUCUUAGGUUACUGUGGCUCUUUCAAAAAUCAAAGAACAAUACUGUAGUCCACAAAUCAUUAGAAUAAGACAUGGCAGAGUUGUUAUGUAUGUUCCCAAUGCACGACAUACUUACUGUUGUAUAUCAUAAAAUAGUAUAUUAAAAAUAAAUUAUAAUUAUGUCUUAACUAUAGCAGCUGGUUUUGUGGGUAAUAAUUGGUGCCUUAAAUUAAGGUGAUCAAUUGCG